AUGCCGGCAACGAGCUGCCCAGACAAGGGCAUCAGCAUCCUUUUCCAGCAGCAGCAGUUUCUGGAAACACACGUGGCCGAGAAAGGGCAUGGCUCGAAGUCCCCUUGCUUCACCACAUUGAUGCAAGACUGGGUGUCGUCCUACCAGAAGACGCGCGUCCGCGCUCGCAUGGCUUGUCGUCCCCUGUGGGGAGAAGGAAGCGAUGUCCAGCUCAACUUCCCAAAGCCUCCACCCCCGGCGCGGCCAGUGGCGCGGCCGCUCUCGGCUCCGACCCGGCGGAACUUGGACGAAGAGCUGGAGGAGUUGGAGGAAGCCCUUCAAGGUCCGCUUCCGGUGCGGAAAGCUUCCUCUGGCAGUGAUGACAAAUCAAGAACGUCAAGGCGUUCCACACAGGAGCCUGAGUUCGUCGAUAUCAUGCAGACUGCAGACAGACCUUUCGGGUUCUCACCCUCGCCUGAGAAGCGAAUGACCUUGAUGAUCCAAGUAAACGAUGGUACAGUUGCGGCCAAGGCUCUGACAGAGGCAGUGCAUGGUCCAACCUCGCCGCGAAGUGAGCAUGGCGGCUCCACCGUCAUGCGGGACCCGUCCUUGUACAAAGAGGGCUCCGCGCAACACUCCGGUGGGGAAGGUGCCUCAACAGAGGGGGGUGACGCGCACUCCCUGGGAGGAGGAGACGAAAUCAUGACUGGCCCAGCUGCCAGAAUGAUGCCACGCAAGGAUGUCAUCCACAAGGUCUUCAGCCGUCUCGCGAAUGACGGAGAGGUUCACAAAGACUCGCUUGAAACGGCACUGGAGCUCAUGGGCAUCCGCCAUGCGCGUGAGGAUUGGCUGAGCUCCAUUCUCGAUUCCAUUACCCGAUAUACAACCCUGAACUUCCACGAGUACCUGCGACUUGUGAAGCUCUACUUGGAAAAGCAAUCUUUGGAGUAUGAGAAGGCCUUCUAUCAUUAUGAUCGCGAUGGUUCUGGAAGCAUUGAGGCUGCCGAGCUAACGAGUCUGCUCGAAGAGAUUGGCAUAACGCCGAUGGAUCAGGUCAUUUCAGAGCUCACGGCAGAGCAUGACUUGGACAACUCCGGGGAAUUGGACCUGGGUGAAUUUUGCUCUGUCUUGGCGGUCAUCAACGAGCGGGAAGGCUUCACCAAGGCAGAGUAUGAGCGCUUCAAGCAUGCUUACAACCUCUAUGACGACGAGCAAACGGGCGCGCUUGAAACCGAUCAGCUCCUGGCUAUCCUGGGCUACUUGGGAUACGAAAUGAACUUGGAGGCGGCGAACCGCAUGCUGGAGGAGGUGGACGUGGAUGGGAGCGGAGCGCUGUCCUUCUCGGAGUUCCUGAUCUUCAUGCGGAAAAUCCGCGAUCAAGAGGUGCAACGCUUGGAGGAUGAGUUGGAGCGGCUGUCAAGUCUGCCAGCUGGAGACAAGGAGGAUUUGUUAACCGGAUUGCUUCGGAUCAUGGGCUACGUGCCGGACAAAGAGGCUGUCCGUGAUGCUGCAAUCGACAGCAACAUCAACCUUGCCAAGCCAACGGUUCGUCGCGCCAGCCUCGUCCAGAUGUGCAUGCCCAAUUCCGUGAAGCCGCCCUCUGGUGCAAUCAGUGCCACCCCAACGUACAAGUCCACCGUCACCCUCUCGGAAGCAUACCGCUUUCUUGAGGUGUAUCGAUGUCGGGAGGGCUUUACACGGGCAGAGGCCGCCGAACUGCAGGAGCACUACAACCGCUUUGCUCAGACACCUGGCCCAGCAGAUACGAUGUUCAUAAGUUCAUACGAUUCCGCCAGGGCAUUGACUUGGCUUGGAUACCGCUCCUCGCACGAAGAACACCAACUGACUUUCUCCAAGGUAGAUGUCAGCAAUGCGGGGAGCAUCAGCCUGGCGGAAUUCCUGAAAUUGGUGAGACUCCAUCGACAGCAGGAGUUAGAGGAGAUACGCGCGUCUUUCCUCAGGAUUGGUCUAGCUGGUCAAGCUGAUCCCACCAAUGAAAGCAAACGAGCGGCCCAGCACAGCAUGGCCUUCUUGGGCAUGGGCCGGGCCUUUACCGACAAGGCCAAAGCUCGGGAAGACGAUCAAAGGUACGGUGUGCUCCGGAUGGCGGUGUCAAAGCGUAGCCAGAUGCGAGCGCUUGCACAGCAGCACCAGGGUUUCAGCGCAGAGGAAGUUGAGGGCAUGCAGUGCAGGUUUUCCACGUAUGACUCUGACGGCAGCGGGACAAUUUCUGCCAGCGAGCUUCGUCUCCUUUGUCAGGAGAUGCUGCCAGAGAUCGCCACCGAUCCCAAGUCUCGGCCAGAGCUCAUCCGCUUGGUCAAGGAGACGGACUCCUCGGGAGAUGGCAAGCUCAAUUUCCACGAGUUUCUGAAAUUGAUGCGUGAUUUGGAGGACAGCCAAAGACUGUCAAAGUUCAUCAAGGAGAAAAACGUCCUUGAUCAGCUGCCUUUCACCAAGCAUCAGAUCCGUGACUUCCGCGAGCUAUUUCUUGAGCAUGACAGCGAUCGCGAAGACGUGAUCACCUUCAAAUCGGUACAGUCACUCUUGACUAUUCUCGUGCCAAUGGGUGAUCGACGGGUCCUCCAGUUGGCAGAGAUAUGGCACAAGAACGUGGACGUGCCCAGAAAGAAUCAAGACCUGCAGACCUGGACCUUGGACUUUCCAGACUUCCUGAUGCUGAUGCAUGCCUUGCUGGAGGCGGAUUUCUGCGGCAUCAAGGCCAAAAGUGCUGCUGCCGCCUUUGCCAAAGCUUUUCUCCGCAAUGAUAUGGGAUUUCCCAAAAUAGGGGUAACCCUUUUUUGCCCCAAAUAG